CACCCAGAGCGACACCUGUCGACCAUCAUCAAACACCUUUCCAGCAAUCCCAGCUGCGUCAGGAAGAACACCAAAAGGGGACACUAUGUUCGGUCCUUUUCGCGCAACGAACCCGCUCUCGGGCGGUCUCUUAUGGAAAGUCCCAUGGCGUCUCUCGCGAAUGCAAAAAUUACGCCAGCGCGAACGUCUCCGGGCAGUCGAUAAUGUCGUCGCAACAAUUGAUCGCGCGCUCGCCAAGCAGGGCGAGACCGCCAAGGCCAUUGAGCGGUGGAAGAACGAAAUGCCCGCCGAGCCCGAGAUGCUGCCCAAGGACAAGUACACCAUUUUCGACCGCAAGGAGAAGAAGUACCGCAAGGGCAUUCACAAACUCCCCAAAUGGACCCGUCUUAGCCAAAGACUUAACCCUCCUGGAUUCUAAGCAGUCCCGGUCCCGGUCCCGGUCGCGACAUUCACCUUAUCUUCUUCCCUUUCAUUCGCUUCAAUUACGCUCUCAUAUCAACUUACCGAAGACAUUCUCCUUAAAAAACCGGAAUUUGUACGAUAUCCAUACCUAGCUUUCUACCGUUAACCCCCGCUCCGGGACGAAGGUUAAAAGCGAAAGCGAAGACAGAUUACACAAUAUGUAAAAUUAGUUUCUGUAGCAUCUUUUGCUAGGGAGGGGGCCUGCAGCUCUGCAGUCCUGCGGGCGGUUCACGAAGAUGUCACCCCGAGUCCCGUUUUCAAGGACGCUUCCUUUUUUUUUCACCCCCAUCACCAUUUCGACUUUUUUUUUCAGCUGUCCAAUUUUGCAGUAUAUACUGGCGUUUUUAUUUUCAAAGGGUAUCAGAAUAGACACUGAAGAACUGGAG